AUGGGGAAGAAGGCUCAGGCAUAUUCGAAGCUGUUGAGUCGCCACGUGUUGCGUCUAUGGUGGAAGCUCGUGGUUUUGGCCUCCGUCGCUCUCUGUGUGGUGGCGUUUUUCAGAAUCCAGCAGUAUUCUCAGCCGCCGGCUUCUGCUUAUUCCCAAACCCAUAUGAGCUCGCAGUUGACGGGCGUUCCUAAGGUCGCGUUUCUGUUUUUGGUGCGGAGGAGUUUGCCCCUCGAUUUUCUCUGGGAGUGCUUUUUUGAGAAUGUGGAUAGGUCGAGGUUUUCAAUAUAUAUACAUGCUGAGCCUGGGAUAGUGUUUGAUGAAUCUACUACAAGUUCGGGUUUAUUUUUCAAUCGGCAAUUGAGAAACAGCAUUAAGGUCGCUUGGGGAGAAGCAAGCAUGAUAGCAGCUGAGAGGUUACUAUUUAAAGAAGCCCUUCAGGAUCCUGCAAAUCAAAGAUUUGUUCUCUUAUCUGACAGCUGUGUCCCUUUGUACAACUUCAGCUAUAUUUACAAGUAUCUGAUGGCUUCUCCAAGAAGUUUUGUUGACAGUUUUGUAGAUAAGAAAGAUGUCCGCUACAAUCCAAAGAUGUCACCAGUUAUACCCAGGAACAAAUGGCGGAAAGGGUCACAGUGGGUCACCUUAAUCAGAAGACACGCAGAGAUAGUUGUAGAUGAUGAAAUUGUUUUUCCAAUCUUCGAAAAGUUCUGCAAGGUACAUAAUAUGUUUCAGAAGGUCCUCUCUUUCUUUAUGAAUGGUCUUGAGGCUGAACUUGAAAGAAGAACAGUAACGUACACUUUAUGGAACCAAUCCAGGACGACACCUACAGAUGAUGUGGCUUGGCAUCCUUUUACAUUUAGUUAUGGAGAUUCAGGGCCCGAACAGAUAAAAAGAAUAAAGGAUAUCAACCAUGUAAACUAUCAAACGGAGUUCAGAAUUGAAUGGUGCAGUAACAAUUCCACAUUGGUUCAUUGUUUUCUAUUCGCAAGGAAAUUCUCUCGAGCAGCAGCCAUGCGUCUUCUAAGUCAAGGGUUAGUUGGUGAUUUUGAUGUCUCGGCACUAAUGUAG